AUGCCCCACCGCUCGCGUCACUAUUCGUUGUUCUCCCCGCCAAGGUUAUCGACGUCGGAGUUGAUCAAGACGACAUUGUCUCAUGAUGCGACGGAUACGCUCAUAGACAAGUGGCUCGAACACCGCGGAUACGGACACGACGCAUACUACGAGUGGUUUCGGGACGUCCGAUACCGCAAGCACGCGACCCACGACGAGCAGAGCAUCAUCUGGAACAAAGGGGACUUCGUCCCUGAGAAUGUCUUUUGUCGGACAGUCGACACUGGGCGGCUCAUCCCCCUUGAUCGCACAUGGACGACACACUUAUACCACCACCGGACAGUGCAGGAGCGGAAACUGCCCAUGAUGCCUGUUAUCUUCACCAUGCUUCCGGAGCUCAUGCUCCUGCGAGGCAUGCACGAUGGCGGCUGCGAUGAGAUAUUCAUAAUAGUGACCGACCUGAAGCGGCAGGAGAUGGAUGACGUUACAGCUUUCUUCAAGCUCAUCUGCCGGAACACGUUCGGGCGGACGUGCAAACCAUCGAUGGAGCGGGAGAUACAGCUUGAGCACAUGCGCAUCACGCACAGCAUGGCUCGGCAGCGUCGCACUCCGUGCUUUCCCCAGAUCGAUCUGACGUUCCGCGCGCUGUUGUACGAGAAACGACCGCGCUUCCUCAUCCUCUUCUCCCAUCAGCCGACGUCCUACUCGCAAAUCAUCUUCACGCACCACUCUUAUGUGCCGUCUGCGGAUCUGUUCUACGAUUAUCCCACCGGGUGCCCCAAUCCUUGUUGCACGGAUGACUGCGAGAUGAUACGGUUCCCGCGCCGGGGACCGGAGGCUGCACAAGUGCUGGACAUCAAGCGCGGUGGAAAGUACGGGAAACGGGUCAAGCGGAAGCAGAUGUGCAACUGGAUCGAUUGUGACGUGUGCUUCGAUACGGGCGACAAUGCGAGUGAGUCGGGGAGUUCUGAGGGAUCGGAGAACAGCAACGCUGGGGUUGUUGAACGUCCCAAAGUCGUCGCUCAGACAUGCAGCAAGUGCAGGUUGGUCAGAUACUGUUCGCUUGACCACCAGCGCAAAGAUUGGGAAGAGCACAGACGUGUUUGUGCCAAAUUGUAA